AUGUCCGGCCCCGACUACUCGCAAAAGUCCUCCGCCCAGAUCAUCGAGGAGCAGGCAGCCUCUCUCAACGCCAAGGAGGACCGCCAUAACAAGUCUGCGUCGUACGACACGCACAACACGACACUUUCGGAAGAGAGCGGCGUCAACGAGUCGGGCUUGAGCGAGUUCCCCGGCGCUGAGGUGCAUGUUGGACGGACGGGAUACACGGGAGGAGGUGACAACAUGGGCAUCCCCGUCGAGCACGGCGGCGACCCCCGUACGGACGGCUCGACCGCUGCCGACUUUGACGACGUUCCGGCAGGCGAGGACCGUAACUCGUGGCAGGCAAAGACGCAGCCGGGAUCGAUCAACGUCUCUGGCCAGGCAAACGAAGCCCUCCGCACGACAGACGCCUCCGCCGACGGCUCGCAGCAGAACCUCACCGACUACUGA